AGAGACACAGAUAAGACACAUGGGAGGCUCCGAUUGGGGAGCCUGGGGGAGUGAACGCUUCCGCUGUGUGUGUGUGUGUGUUUUAAGCGAGUCCCCAAAAAUCCUUCUAGGGGAGAGAGCGAGGCAAGGGCGGAGCGGCGAGGGCUAGAGAGCGAGAGCGAAGAGGGAGAGCGCUUCCUCGGAGGCCCCCACCCACCUGGCUCUGCCCACCCCCUCGGCUCCCCGGCAGCCUUGGAAACGGCAUUUGCGUCGCCUCCGCGAUCGAGGAGAAGAAGAAGGGCUCCCUUUCUCUCUGGGCGACCAAGAGGUGCUCCAACAGCGGGCAAAAGGGGCUCCCCAGGAACCCCCUUCCUCGGGAGGCGACUGGAAGAGCGGAUGGCUCGUUGAAAGGCUCUGUCCGUGGAAUCGGGGGACGAGGGCGGAUCUGCUCCACGGGUGGAUGGUGGUCCUGCCUCUCCUCGCACCCAUGGACUCGCGGGUCUCCUCCUCGGCUUCCCCUCCUCUUCCUCCUCCUAAUCCGGCUCCUGCCUCCCGGGACUAACCGCCCCUUCUUUCCGCCGUGGAUGCGGCCGGGGAGCGGGCGGAGCGCGCAGCCGAGGCGGGGGGCUGCCGCGGCCGCCGGACUCCUGCUACAUGCCAGUGCCCUCUCCUCUUCUGCCUCUUCUUCCUCCGCUCCUCUUCCUCUUCCUCCUCCUCCUCACCAGGAUGCUUUACUUCCAGAUGGUGAUCAUGGCCGGGACCGUGAUGCUGGCCUAUUACUUCGAGUACACCGACACCUUCGCCGUCAACGUGCAGGGCUUCUUCUGCUACGAGAGCGCCUACCGCAAGCCUUACCCGGGGCCCGAGGAGAGAAGCGCCGUGCCGCCGGUCCUGCUCUACUCGCUCGCCGCCGGCGUCCCCGUCUUGGUGAUAAUUGUUGGAGAAACGGCAGUGUUUUGCUUACAGAUGGCCACACGGGAUUUUGAAAAUCAAGAAAAAACACUAUUAACCGGAGACUGUUGCUAUAUAAAUCCACUGGUGCGCAGGACUGUCAGAUUCCUUGGCAUUUAUGCAUUUGGACUUUUUGCAACGGAUAUCUUUGUAAAUGCUGGACAAGUUGUAACUGGGAACCUUGCACCACAUUUCCUUGCACUUUGCAAACCCAACUACACUGCUCUUGGAUGCCAGCAGUUUACACAGUUCAUCACUGGUGCAGAGGCUUGCUCUGGAAAUCCAGAUCUCAUCAUGAAAGCCAGAAAAACAUUUCCAUCCAAAGAAGCAGCACUGAGUUUAUAUGCAGCAACGUAUCUGGCCAUGUAUAUCACCAACACGGUAAAAGCCAGAGGAACAAGACUGGCAAAACCAGUCCUUUGCUUUAGCUUAAUGUGUUUGGCAUUCCUCACUGGUAUCAACAGAGUAGCAGAAUAUCGAAAUCACUGGUCGGAUGUCAUAGCGGGAUUUGUAGUUGGCAUUUCUAUAGCAGUCUUUUUGGUUGUGUGUGUGGUAAAUAAUUUUAGAGGUAGACAACCUGAACAUGAACAUUCACACAUGGACAAUCUGGCUCAAAUGCCUAUGAUCAGCAUUCCUCGGGUAGAAAGCCCUUUAGAAAAGAACCACAUCACGGCCUUUGCAGAAGUCACAUGAUGUCGAAACUGAGGUCUAUUCGCUCCAUUGGACAUCAUCUCUUUUCACAGUUCACUCAUAAUAACUGAUAAUGUUUUGAAUAUAAACCAGAAAGAAACUUCAUCUGGUUUGAGGGCCAGAUUUAGCAGCAUUAAAAUUUACAGCAGCCUAUGAAGAAUAUGCCUGAAAUAUCAAAGAGUAUUUUCCAACAAAAAGCAUUGCACCAUUUAGGGAUCCAGGGUGGGGGAAAUUAUUGGGAAGGAGUGUACCUGGGCACGUCACAUAAAUAUAUGGUUUCCCUUCUCUGGGGAUAUUUAUUGUUUUGUUUUUUACUUAGCCAUAUUAGUAUCUGACAGUAUACCAUUAAAUCUAAUUAUGCUGGACUUUUCUUUAUAGAAUUUUUUAAAAAUUCAGCAUGUCAAUUGUUCCCAUUCAAACAGAUUUCAGUGUACACACCUUUUUUAUAUAAAAAAUGACACCCAGUAUUAAAAUGCUGUUUGCACUUCAUAUUAGAUGCAUUUCACAUACCACAUUUAUAUCUUAAGACUGGUGCUUCUGCUUUUGGAGAAAAACAUGCCAAUUUAUACUGUAAUGAGUAUUGUAUCAUAAUUUUGAAACAGAUUAUUUAUUUGGAAAUUUUCCUGACUUCAUGUGAUUGAAUAGUUGAUUUUGUAGUUUUUGGAUGUCUUCAGUGUAGCCUGUAGUUAAGAUUAGAAAUGAGAACACUUAGGCAUUGGGAUAUCCUAUUAUUUUAAUGAUUAACACUCUCUCAUUGAAGGUUAAUGGCUCUAUUCUUAGUCCUGGCAUAUUCAUCUAGGGUGGAAUUGUUCCCCCUACUACUUUGUGACAUAAAAGUAAAAUGAUUGCUGUCCAUUGAUGGUACUUGAACAUUAAUCUGGCAUAGCCAAAGACCCAUUUCCAAAAAUGACCCUAAGGCCCUGGAUUGUCUCAUGUAUUGGAAGUAGUGCUCAGAAUGGGCUGGACUCCCAGCAUAAGUGACCUCCCUCUUUUUUUCUCCCUCCCACCCUCCCUCUCCCCCACCCUCCUUUUUUUAGCAUUGUCCCCAUUCCUUGCAUUGAAAUGGUUAUCAUUAAGAAUCUUUCUUCAGCUUAGGAAAAUAAAGCUCUUCAGGGAAAUGAAAGGAUUAGUUAUCAAAGUUUCUCAAUAAGGCACCUGAAGUUGGCCAUUGGCCUGUUGUGUGGUGGGUUGGGGUUUCGUUUGAUAGUGUUUCAUUUGAUCAGCAGGUGAACUAGAAUAGCCCUGCUCUGUUUACUGUGCCUCGUAUAGGAUGCUGCGAAAGUGUCCACUCUGCAACAACUGCAGUUAGGUAUAGGAUCAGGAGUAAAGCUAUGGAGAACUUAAUGGUGAGGUAUCUAAAUCUAAUGUCAUGGUAGUGUGACACGAGUAAAAGUGGAUCUACGCUGCAGAGAACAAGGAUCUCAUUGUGUGUGUGUGUGUCAGGAGUGACUUGAGAAACUGCAGCUUGCUUCUGCUGUGAGAAAAUUGGCCAUCUGCAAGGACGUUGCCCAGAAGACAAUCCUAUGGGAGGCUUCUCUCAUUUCCCCACACGAGAAGCUGGAGCUGACAGAGGGAGCUCAUCUGCUCUCCGAUUUGAACCUCCAACUGCUUUCGGUCAGCAGUCCUGCCAGCACAAGGUUGAACCCAUUGCACCACUGGGGGCUCCUAGGAUCUAAAAUGCAAUCUGAUAAGACCAUAUACCAAGAAAGUAUGGGCUGUCUGGAGACAGCUCUAGCUAUCAGAGUGCAGAUAUUUAUUUAUUUGCCCCAUUUAUACCCCGCCUUUCUCACCCUGGAGGGGACUCAAGGCGGCUAUUUUAACUGCCAUGACUUAAUUCUUUCGAAUCCCAGGAUUUGUAGUUUGAUGUGGCAACAAUAUCCUUUGGUAGAAAAAGUUAAAGGCCUUGUAAACAUUUGAAUUCUUGUGAUUCCAUAGCAUGAGUAAUGGCAGUGUUAGCAGUAUCGAAUUGCAUUAAUUCUACAGUGUAGAUGCUCCAUAUGUCUCCACACCUCUAGACUCUGCAUUACUAUAAUACCAGAGUUUUCCAGAGCAUGGGGAUGUGGCUUUAGGUGAGAGGGUGGCUUAUGAUUUGUAAGAAUAAAGUGUUGUAUUUAUAUCUAAUGGAAGACUACUCUAUGGUAGUGGCCUCUCUUCCCUCCAGACACCUCUCUUUCUCUGUCAGCCUGACAUCCUCCCACCGUUUUUCUCUACCUCAGAAAAGGAGAAGCCACUGCCAGGGACAGGUUGUGACCCAGAUGGAAGUGAUAAUGCAAAAUUUGAAAUAGUGGCUGAUGUCCUGGUCAGCAUAAUGUUGUAAACUAAGCUUACAAUGCCCUAACUAAUGAGGAUUCAUAUUUGGAAUAAUGAACAACUGAAAAAUCUCUGAAAACCUAAUUUCUCAGCCUGGCAGUCAUCUGAUCUAAAAGUUUCCAAGGCAAUGGAGAUCACAAUGCAAGGAAAUGGUCCACAGCAUACUACAAACUUCAGGGUUCCUUCAGACAAGCAGUUGUUGCAGGACCUCAAGUGGUCUCUAAGCUACGUAUUCCCAAGGCACCUUUCAACCCAGAGUUGCUGUGUUUCUUAUUUCCCAGCAUCUCAAUUUCCAGUGCCUCAGAAAUGCUUUGGUUGGGGCACUGCUGGGGUUGGGGGCAUCAUCAGUUGUAACCUCUAAUUUUGGUGACGUGGCUCAUUACUCUUCCACUAAUGGAACUUGUUCUCUAGCCAAACUUCCUGUAUUGUUGUCUCUGACCUACAGUGUGAGGAUCGUUGUUCUAGAUAAGUGAAACCAUUCUUCAAAAUGGGACUUUGGUUUGUAAAUAAAGGCCAUAUCACAUUAUCUGUCAACUGCAGCUGCAGGCAAAAUAUAAACCGUGUCUCCACAAAUUUCUUCAAUAUGAAGUGCUAGAGAAAGAGAGUGGUGAUAGUGGUGGUGCAUGUAAUUUUCAAAGGACUCACGAGAAGUGAUCUUUAAAAUGCUAAGAGACUUAACCAAAGUAUUGUCAUCCUUCCAGUUAUAUAUUCUAUAUCUCAGGAAUUAUUUUGAAUAUGCUAGGAAAGUAUAUGGGUAGAAUAAGAAGAUAAACAAGAAAUGGUAAGAAAAGACAUAUAGUGGACAAUUUUGUACAUAUUUUCCCCCCUCUAAUCACAAAGGGAUAAAAAAUUAAUGACUUCUUCACACUGUGUGACUAGAACAAAUCUAUAAAUCAACAGUCUGUGACCUGAUUAGCCAUGAUAGUCCAGAACUGGAGAUAGAUAUUUUCAUAUGACGUUUAGCAUUCUGUUGGAGACUUAUGUCAAAAUAAGCGCUCUUGUGUAUGAGGGAAAGAGAAUUGAGCUGUUCACCAAGGGACUGCUGUAAGUUUGCCAUGUGAUAGUGGCGGCUGCACAACAAUACCUGCAAGACUGAUGGAUGUGCAUUGCACCUGGAACCAAACUGACAUCCAUUGCAUACCAGGGCUCUUUGGCUGUUGCCCUGUCAUACAUCUUUACAAUUGACUCACAUAGUUUCAUUGGACCUCUACUACUUUGUUACAGAUAUAUAAAAUUACACAUCGUUGGUGGCAAUGUAUAAUCUCAGCUAAUGCCAUUCCUCCCCCCCCCCCCCCCCGAUGUGUCAGAUUGGAUUUUCUUUCCAUUAAUCACUUUGAACAAAUACAUUGAUUUUGGCACAAGCCAGCUUUUUAUACUAGUACAAUUUCUACAAUUUUUGUACAGAUAGAGAUGGUAAAAGCCAAGAAAGAUUGUCAUAUGUUUGAUAAUCAGCUGACCAAGAUCUGCCCAGGGGGGCUGUACUUCACUGUGUUUUGCAGCAAGACAGAAAAGUAUAAAAUACAUUCUAUUAUAGUUUAUGCCCAUUUGCCAGUUCUUUAAAAAUACAAUGAAUAUGAUGUCUUGCUUCAGCUAAAGUAUGCCAUGGACUUUUUAUUGUUAUCAAAAUAGCAUAAUCCAUGAAAUCAAAGGGGAGUCUUUGGACCCUAAAUAGUCUGGACAAGUGUCUUUGUAAUACCCUAUGUUGUGCAUGCUGGCUAGGAAACUCAAGAGUUGGGGGGUCAAAUGUUUCCUGAUUUAAAUCCUGCCUUAAUCAACAGAAGACAGAAUUUACACAGUCAUCUCAAUUACAUGGCACAGGCCCUUUGAGAUUUUAUGCAAUAUAGAUAUUGGCUGUAGGGCUGCCUUUCCUACUCCCCUUUAGAAAAAUAAAAUCUCAGUGCAGAUAACAUAUUAGUCUGUGGCCAAAAAUAGUAGUCACAAUUUAUGAUUUGUUAGCUUCCUACAUGUGGGAAAAAAUGUUUCUUGUAAUGAUCAAUCACUUAUGGCAUUGGCCUAAUUGCAGUGUGGAUAAAGUCCAGCAAAAAUCCCAUGUUAUGCAUUGAAAUUUUGUUGAUCAUACAGCUUGAUUCCCAAGUCAAUUUCUAUAUAAUGGUUCUUUCAGGGAUUAGAUGCACCUUUGGAUCUGUUUCACACCAUGGAUGGGAAGGACUCAGCAGUCUGAAUAUAAUUUAUUAGCAGGAGUCUGAAAGGGAUCAUUUCUCUUGUCUCUCAGGAUAAUAUAAAUUCUGUACUUCCAGUUGUCCCCUCCUUUGUCCAACAGCAGUUGGGGACUCCCAUGAUAAUAAAUAAUUCAAUAUUUAUUUCUGAUUUUAAAGGACUUGUUCAUGGUUCUCAACUAUAGUCUUCAAAACAGGUUCAGCACCUUGGAGAGUGCCUUGAAAGGUAACCAAAACUUGGAGUAGCAGGUCACUCUCAGCCACCACUGUUUGUGCUCCUUUGGAAUCGGGCAACAGAUGUUACUCAAAAAUUAAAAUAUAUUGUGUAUUGUUUAAAAAUGAAAAUAGAUUUUAAAAAGAACACAGUGUUCAUGGAAAGGAAAGAAUCGAGCCCUUAACUAUGGUAGUGUAAUGUGUGUUACAUCUAUCAUUUGUUAAACAAUCAAUCAUGUCUGAUAAAUCAUAGCAUAUCCCAUAUGCUCACCAUGUGUGGUAUGUUUGCGUUUCUUGGUCUAGCUAUUUAGGAUCCACCUUAUGUGAAAUUGUUCACAAUGAGGAUUUCAGAGAAAUCCUCAAUUGGUUAUUGCAGUACAGCAAUUCUGCAGGUUUUAUAUCUGAUUCAUAAAUUCAGGAAGAGACUCUUUUAUGUUAAAAGAAAGACUAUUCUUUUUCAACAUAUUGUCUUACAUAAAAACAGCAUGUAACUGAGUCUGUCUCUCAGGAUUUAUAACAGCCUAGUAUUUGGGUUUAACUGAUCAUGUUAUCUCUUUGUGAAUCAGCAGUAACAGGGUGGGGAAGAGACAUGCUGCUGUGUACUGUAUUUUUAAAGAGAAUAAAAUAAUUUCUUUUUCAA